AUGCACGAAAAAAUGGCCCAGGACCAGAAAACGCCUUACGCUGACGAGGUCCCUGUGGACACGGGCACGGUGGAAUCUCGGGUUGAUUUGCAGGUUGGCUUGCAGCGAAAGCUCAAGCCCCGCCAUAUUCAGAUGAUUGCCCUUGGUGGCGUUAUCGGAACCGGUCUUUUCCUAGGCACAGCUAGCGAUCUUGAGAAUGGAGGUCCAGCGGGUCUGCUCAUUGCUUACUGCCUUAUGGCGUCAUUGCUGUACGCUGUCAUGGUCGCCCUUGGAGAAAUGGUCUCGCAGUUCCCCAUCCCGGGUGGGCAGUUCGCACUCGCCGGUCGCUUCGUCUCGCCUGAGUUAGGGUUCGCCAUGGGCGUGUUGUAUGUAUACAAUUAUAUCAUCGUCCUUCCAGCGGAGAUUUCAGCUGCUGCGGUCCUUAUUACGUACUGGACUCCUGCUGGACAAACGGACUCGACGUGUACCACUGGAAUUUGUAAUAAUGCACUGUGGGUGGGACUGAUGCUACUGGUUGUGUGGUUGAUCAAUGUUGGCGGUACCAAGAUAUUUGGUGAGAUGGAAUUCUGGUUCUGCUCGAUCAAGGUUCUCACCAUUCUCGGUCUGAUCAUCACUGGCAUUAUUAUCUCCGCCGGAGGAGGCCCCAACCAUGAGGCUAUUGGCUUCAAGUUCUGGAAUGAAACAGGUGGCUUUGUGCAAUAUGCCGGAAUCGCUGGUGCAAAAGGGCGAUUCCUCGGUUUCUUUGCAGUGCUCAUUGACGCUGCCUUCGCCUUCAUCGGGACUGAAAUUACCGCCAUUGCUGCUGCCGAGACUGCUUCACCUGCCACGAACGUCCCUCGCGCUAUCAAAAGUGUCUGGAUCAGACUUGUGCUCUUCUACAUCUGCAGCGCUUUCCUGAUUGGCAUUCUCGUCUCCCCAUCAGAUCCAUCCCUAAACCUCUCCUCCACCGCAGCCAAAAGUCCCUUCGUCAUUGCCAUCAAGAACGCCGGCAUCAACGUCCUCCCCUCCAUCAUCAACGCCGCUCUGCUGACCAGCGCCUGGUCCGCCGGCUGCGCCGAUCUCUUCGUCUCCUCACGGGCAUUGUACGGACUUGCUGCGCGUGGCCAUGCCCCACGCGUGUUCCUCAAGACCAGAAAAGACGGUUUACCCUGGGUUUGCGUGCUCUUCUGUGGCUCGUUCUCCCUCCUCUCGUUCAUGGCUGCUAGUCAGGGCAAGGCGGGUACUGUAUUCGGUUAUUUCUCUAAUAUGACCGCCAUCUGCGGCAUGAUUUCCUGGGCCGGUAUUCUCUGGACCAGCAUUCGCUGGCACAAGGGUCUCAAGGUGCAGGGCAUUGAUAGGAGUACGUUGCCGUAUCGGGCGCCGUUUCAGCCGUAUUUGUCGUAUUAUGGUAUAUGCAUUUGCCUAAUGGUGAUUGUAUUCGGUGGAUUUACUGCGUUUAUCCACACCUUCGACGUCUCCUCGUUCAUAACGACCUACUUCCCGAUUCUACUAUUUGUCGUGCUCUUCAUCGGUUACAAGGUCCAGUAUAAAGGUGGUAUUAUCCCGCUGGCCGAACAGGACUUUGUGACGGGGUGUUCGGCUGUUGUGGAGGUUGAUCAGCAGGAUCAGGUGGUGGAAAAGAGCAUGUGGCAGAAGAUUUCGGAGAGGAUUUGA